AGUCAGGGCACCAGUCAUGAUGAAGUUCCUUCAUGUAGUCGUCGUUGUGCUCAGUCUUCUGUCUCUCGGAUGGUCGGCUCCUGUGACCAACUGUGACGAUCUGCUGCGACCCAUUGUUAUCCAAGGAAGGGAUCAGCUGCUUGGAAAAUGGUUCUACGUGGGAGAGAGCACAGACUUACCUGGGGUCAAAGUGUUGACCAAAAUGUUUGUGGAGUCCAUCUGGUGGAAUAUGACAGCUGCUGAGGAGAACAAUGACAUCGUCAAUUUUCAGAAUCAGAAAUCGUUUGGCUAUUGCUUCAGUCUGUCUUAUAACAUUACUGUGGAACACAACCAACUUGUUAUGGUGCACCCCUACCCAGCUUCUGCUUUCCUGUUGAACACCAUCUGUCCUGACUGUAUGGUCCUGUCCUCAAACUACACCAUUGGAGGCAGCUCGUACAAGGCUCUGCAGCUUCUGAGUAGGAGAACCAAGGUUUCUGCUGCUGAGUUGGAUGAGUUUGCAAAGCAAGUAGAGUGUCUUAACUUACCAGAGACGACUAUCAUGGAUCCAGAGAAAGGUAUUUGCCCAGAUCCAUCCAUCUCGGACGAAACCAGGAGUCUGGAUCUCAGCAGUAUAAACUCUGAUAGCUUCAAUGUUCUGGAUAAGGUUUUAAAUAGUAAGAAAGGAAUCCAGACAAUGGCCGAGAAUCUUUCUAAGUUAAUUGGCUUUGAAGCUAACACAAGCCAAGACUAAAGCGGUCAGAAAGGUCUUUGAAUGAAAAAUGUUUCCACUAAAAUAAAAAUUUUUAAAAAAAA